AUGUCGAAGAUAGAUAUCUUCAAACCUAACCUUGACAAUUUCAAAUUUGAUUUUGAACAAUUUAUUCAUACCGAGGCUAUAAUUCAGAAGAAAAUUGAAAGAUCACACGAAACCAUCAAACGACGACGAAACGCAAAUGAUAUAGUGUGCAAACAUUGGUUGAUCGGAUCAUGUUUUCGCAUUAAUUGUACCUAUUUGCAUUCCUAUGAGUUUGAUAACAUGCCGUAUUGUCCAACCAUGAAGAAAUUUGGAUCAUGUAAUAGAGAUGUUUGUGUAUUUUCUCAUAGUUUAGGUGUUAAUAGUAACAAAUCUCAAAAAAAGUGUCGAGCUUAUGAGCGUGGAUUUUGUAAAUAUGGUAAUUAUUAG